AUGGUUGGUGACGCAGUCACUCGCACUGGCAAACCUCUCUCAGUCGAACUCGGCCCCGGCCUGCUGAGCGGCAUCUACGACGGUAUCCAACGGCCACUCGAGGAGAUUUCCAACGUCACCAAGUCUAUCUACAUUCCUCGUGGUAUUUUAGUCCCCGCCCUUGACCGCAAGACGAAGUGGACAUUCACUCCCACCAAGACGGUCGGCGACCAUAUCAGUGGCGGCGACGUGUGGGGCGUCGUCGUGGAGAACUCCUUCAUUUCUACGCACAUAAUCCUAUUUCCACCCCGUGCAUGUGGCACAAUUACCAAAAUUGCCAACGAAGGUGAGUACACCGUCGCCGACAAGAUCCUGGAGGUCGAAUUCGAUGGUAAGAAGACGGGAUACCCCAUGAUGCGGUCGUGGCCCGUCCGGGUUCCUCGACCAUCCACCAAGAAGCUCGCCGCCGAGGAACCUUUCAUUAUUGGCCAGCGAGUCUUGGACGCUCUCAUUCCUGGUUUUCAGGGCGGCACCAUUGCCAUCCCCGGUGCUUUCGGUAGCGGUAAAAAUGUCAUCAGUCAAUCCGUCUCUAAGUUCUCCAACAGCGAUGUGAUAAUCUACGUCGGUUGCGGCGAGCGCGGCAACGAAAUGUUGAAGGGCUUUCCCCAGCUGACCAUCGAGGUUGAGGGCCGCAAGGAAGCCAUCAUGAAGCGCACCACCCUCAUCGCCAAUACCUCCAACAUGCCCGUGGCGGCCCGAGAAGCCUCCAUCUACACUGGCAUCACGGUCGCCAAGCACUUCCGUGACCAGGGCCUUAACGUGGCCAUGAUGGCUGACUCGACGUCGCUAUGGGCCGAAGCGCUGCGAGAACUAUCAGGUCGUCUGGGAGAAAUGCCUGCCGACCAGGGUUUCCCUGCUUACUUGAGUGCCAAGCUUGCCUCCUUCUAG